CCCACUUCAACCAACUUCAACCAACCCGAAGCUGGAAUCUACCAGCCAAGCAUCUUUCCAACUGCUCACGACGACGAAAGAUGUAACCUCAAUCGUUUUCUUUUCUUAGGUAGAUUAUUACUAUACGAGUCUAGGAAACGGAAUUCUAUCACCGACGACUAGAGUCCGAAUCGUCCGAACUCAACCGACCCCUCCGCAGAACCGGCGCGCCCGUUACGAAUCAUCCCAAACCUAACACCAAUGGCGCGCUCCCGAUUCCUCACGCGCAUCCUGCCCUUCAGCCCGACGGCGACGCCGACCCAGGCGGCCACGUACCUGCUGGGCAUCGCGCUCUUCAGCAUCUCGUUCCUGGUGUUCCUCAACUCGGCCGUCUCGUUCUUGAUCACGGACCUGCUGGGCGUCAAGACGGGGGUCGGCGACAUCGUCGGCACGCUGGGGUUCGUCGACGAGCUCGUCGCCCUCGUGGCGUGCCCGGCCUGGGGCCUCGUCAGCGACCGCCUCGGCGUCCGCUGGGUCGCCGUCCUGGGAUACGCGAUCAUCGGCGUCAGCCUGUUCUGCUUCGUCCAGGCCAGGGACGUCUACCCCAGCCUGGUGUUCGCCAGGAUCGCGUUCGCGCUCGGAGCUACGGCCGCCGCGACUAUGGUCACGGCCAUCUUGCCCGUGCUUACGGAUGAUAACAGGGAGGUGAGCGAUGAGGAGGACGAGGCGCUGGGGAAUGGAAGUGGGAAUGCGGAGAGUAGGAGCGUGGGGAGCGGCGGCUCGAGCCGUAAGUCGGGUCAUAAUGCUAGGGAUAGUGUGGCUUUGAGCUUGGAGAGCGAGGCGACGAUUACCCCGGAGCGAUUCACGCAGCGCAAUAGGAGUAAUACAGGAAGUAGCAGUUACAUAUCAGAUGACUCCUCUGACGCAUACGGUAGCGUCGAGGGUAGCGGUCGUAGACCGUCCGCUUUAGCCGGAUAUGUCGGCCUAUUCACGGGCUGCGGAGCUUUAGUCGCCUUGAUCCUCUUCCUACCGCUGCCAGCCCAGUUCUCCAAGAAAGAGGGCGUUACACCCGCAGAGGCUAUCACGGAUAGCUUCUACGUAGUUGGUGCCGUUGCGCUCGCUGUGUCUAUUUUCGUAUUUUUCGGCCUACGUGGGCUAAAAGGCGAAGAAGGGAAGGGGUGGCGCAUGCUCCUCAACUUGCGCAAGCCGCAAAACACUGCCAACUCUAACUCUAACACUCAUUCUGACGGGCCCUCUUCCUCUUCGGCAGCAGUCGCCGCGAUCAAGGGACCGCUUCCGUACCAUCGCCUCCUCCUCUCGUCCCUCCGCCUCGGCGCCACGGACCCGCACAUCGCGCUCGGAUACCUAGGCGGGUUCGUAGCGCGCGCGAGCACGGUAGCCAUCUCGCUCUUUGUUCCGCUAUACGUGAAUUCCUUCUUCAUCGGCAACGGCUUCUGCCGCGGCUCGCCCAACGACCCCUCCCCCGAGCUCAAGAAGGAGUGCCGCGCCGCAUACGUCCUAGCUUCGAUCCUAACCGGCGUCGCGCAGCUCGCGGCCCUGCUCUGCGCGCCCUUGUUUGGGUACGCCAGUCGCAGCGGCGCCGGCAUCAAUUACCCUCUCGUGAUUGCCGCGCUGCUGGGCAUGGCCGGGUAUAUCGCGUUUCCGAAGCUGCAGAGCCCCGAGUACAGGGACGUGGACGGACGCGGUGGCGGUCCGGCGGUUUUCUUGGUCGUCAUGUUGAUCGGCGUCAGCCAGAUCGGGGCCAUAGUAUGCAGUCUCGGAUCUCUAGGACGUGGUGUUCUGACCGUCGAUGCGCCUAACCUCGACGUCGACGAGGAAGAGGAGGGGAGCGUUACUGCGAGGGGGUCCGAGACGGAUGCGCUGUUAGGGUCUGACGGAGGUAGCAGCACUGCGCUCGCCUUAAGAGGGAAAGGGGAGCCGGCGUCCCGCGUGCAGCUUAAGGGCUCCAUCGCGGGUGUGUAUUCAUGGUGCGGUGGCGCGGCUAUCCUGCUGCUGACCAAGCUCGGCGGGUACAUGUUCGACGCCGUGGCGCCCGGUGCCCCGUUCUACAUGAUGGCCGGGUUCAACGGCGCCCUGCUCGUCGCUAGCUUGGGCAUCGGAUUCGCGAACGGGAGGGGUGGGAGGUAUGAGAGUAGGAGUCGGUCGCCGAGUCUGUGAGGAUAGGGUGAAGAGCGUGUGGUAGAGUGUAAGAGAGAAGAGAAUGGUGCGGGGCGAGGGUAAGGGAAACGGAAAGCAUAGGAGCAAAGAACGGGGAAAGGAGACGGGCUGCAUGGCUGAAUUAAGUGUAAUAAUACAUACUGAUUGUCUAUAUAUAGUGCAUGGGACAGCGAAUUGAAAAAAUUAAGAUGAAAGCAAUAUCGCAUAUCACGUAUGUCUCUCGGGUGAGAAGUUGUCGCCACAAAUA